AUGUACGCCUCCAUGGAGACAGCUGUCAAGCUAGAGACGGCGCCCACGAUGGCGUCGCAAGAGCCUGGCACAGUGCGGUGCACCCCGCAGCGACCACUCAACGCGGCUUUGCAGGCUGAGGCGAUCACUUACCUCAUGCACGAGCGGGAAGCCGAUGCGUCGGCGGCGCUGUCAGAGAGUGACCUGCACUCCUUGGCCAUGCGCCGAGAGCAGCCUCUGGUGCCGCCGGAGCUGUUAAUGGAACUGAAAGGCAGCGAGCAAGCCGGCGCAUCCCUAGCACUGCCGGAAAAGCUGAACCCGUGCACGUGCACCGCCGCGGCGUUCGACGCGUGGCUCCGCGCCGUCGUGAAAUCGAUUCCUUCGCCAGCUGAGGCGGCGGACGCAGUGCAACGGGGGAACUGCCGUGGCUCUCGCACCAUCCAUGGUCGAGCGAAGUCUGGCGGCGUUACAGGGGUGUCCCGUCAGCAGGCCCUCUACAGGGUACUGGAGAUGCUCGAGGCGGCCGCCCGUUUGCUUCAGCGGCACGCCGUACUCUGCCGCGACCGAAACCGCCUUCUGCACGCCUACUACGACGCUCUCGAGGAGGACAUCUACCAGCACGCAACGGCCGUGUCGACAUCGACAGCAGCGAAGGACACCGUCCAUCCCACGGCGGAAACACAGCUUCAGCAGCUGCUGCUGCCGGAGCAGCAUAAGUUUUCUCCGUUCCACUACCACCUGCGCUUUUACAAGCGCGGUGUGCCGCUUCAGCACUACACACAGGAGAAGGAGAAACUGCAAAGCCGUUUGGAGAAGGUGUACUACGUGCUGCUGAAGCUCGAGGAGGUGGAGGGGCUAAGCAACUCAAUUCUUGUCGAAGGUCAGGCUACGUCGCUGCUGAGCCAGCAACAGUGGCAGGGCACGGACGAUGUGCAGGGCGGUAGCACAAAGGCGGGGUCCAUGAUGCGCACCAACGUGGGGAAGACCGGCAUAGGUGCAGGGAGCAGCGCGGACUCGCAUGGUGCGCUCACGCUCACCGGCGGCGGCGCGCGCGGAGAUGGAGCAAGCAGGCCGGCAAUGAACGGGCCGACGUCGCAGUUUUCGCGGCGGCUUGUCGGAAUGGAGUGGCGGGUGCGUCACCUGCGCCGCCAGCUGCGCCUGCCGCGUCCUGUGUCAGGGGUGACGUCCCGUCUGCGUAACGAGCUCAUUCUCUCCUUUUCCGCCCGUGUUCUGGCGCUGCGGGAGCCAGCUCCGUUCACAUCCGAGAUGUACGUGACGUCCGCCGCGUCGCCGUCGCCACAGGCCGCCCCACAGCCCCCCGUCGACGCCGCACAUCAUCAGAGCUCGCACUCCAUCAGCGCCUUUGUCGAGUGGUACGUUCAGCGUGUCAUGGAUCCGCUCGCCAUCUCGCAGCUUCUCAGCAUCGUCCCGCGGGAGUAUGUGGUGACGACCACCUGCCGCCUUGUCUACGCCUGUGAGGCACAUGCCUCGCUACGCACGUCGCGCGCUCUCCCAGACCUGGGCCCCGUGCUGCUGCGUGCUGUGGCCGAAGGCCGCGUCGACGCCGUGGCACAGCUGCUUCUCUCUUCAAGCGUCUCCUACGGCAGCGUCCUUUCUCACCCGGUGGACUGCCACACGUGCUUCUUCGCGGGCCUCCUUGGCGGCCAGCUCGACGUGCUGACCCGGCUAGUGGAGCAGCAGAGCUGGCAUGUGAGCGCGCUGCACGUGUUGCUCUUCAUGGGCGCCCCAUGGAACACGGCCGCAGCACCGACGGCGGUGAUGUCGUCGCGCGGGUGCCACGUAUACCAGCAAGCGCUAGUGGAGCGCGUACAGACGUUCCUCAGCGUAGCAGAGCAGGUGCUUGCGGCCCGCAGUCAGGAGCCCACGUACAAGUUGCCUCUCUCCUUGGAAGAGAACUCCAUGGGUGCAACGGGCGUGAGCACCAUCGCCGGCGGCGCCGACUACGAGGCUGACGAGUCGGCCCUCGCAGCGCUGCGCAAAGCCCAGCUACUCGACGUGAGCGCAGAGGGUGAGAAGCUGCUCGCUACCUUGGCCUGUUUCCUCGGUAGUACCGCGUCGUCAGCCUCCAUCCACGACGAUGCACUGCGCGGUGAGCGUCACCGCUCUCAGCCCCCCACCCACUCCGGCAGGACAACGACGGCAGCCAUCCCGUCAUUCACGCGCAGCGGCGGACUGCAAAAGAAGGCCGAAGACGCCAGCGACGCGGACGACGACGACAUCACCGGCUCCGCGGGUGUCUCGGCAUUAAGUGCAUUGCCGAUGGCAUCCAUCCCCCGAGCAGCUCCCGUGCCGCCGCCGGUGUUUCUCAACGGCACUCUUCACCGCUUACAACUCUUCCUGGCAGUGCGUAAUGCCAUGCUGCAGUAUGAGCGGCAGCGACAAGAUUCACAGUGGGAGACGCUGCUAGGCAAAGUCAAGGCACGGCCGAACAGCGGCGACGGCACCUCCUCCGCGGUCGCAAGCACCACGCAAGGGCUCGGGAGCAGCGCCAAUAAUUCGGCCUGGCUGCACACCAAGGCACCCCCGCUCCUGCAAGGCUCAGCUGCCGCGAACCCUCGCACAGACCACGGAGAAGCGCCGCUCGCCUCUGCCGUGACGGCCCCAUCGUCCUUUGCGCACAUCCUGCAGCAGCAUCAGCUGGACGCCUUGACUGCUGUCGCGGUGUGCCCACUGCGCUGUCAGAUGUGCCCAGCAUUCACGACGCCGCUGCUGCAGCGCGUCGAUGCGUGGAGCUAUGGCCCGCUGCAGCCAACGACCGCCAUUACAGCAGCGUUGGGUACCGCGCGCGACCCCGGCAGCGAGGGAGGGGCGCCGCAGUCCAGCAGGAAGCUCAUCUCUCUCGCCGCGCAGAUGAAGACGCUGAUUGGGAUUGGGCAAGACGAUUGCCGUCCCGACGAAAACUUGCGUGACCGCCUCAGCCGGAGCCUGAGCUCGUUGUCCCUGCCUAGCCGGCCCAUCACGGCGCUCCUCAUGCGAUCCGACGCGGCCAUCGACAUGACGGCCAGCUCGUGGUACGUGCACGCAACUACCAGCCAGGCCAAUUUCGUGGAAGAGGAGCAUAUGCAGUACAAUAGCAGCAGCAACAGCAGUGCACUCAACAUCAUCAACGACAGUACCGGCAAGUGCAAUGUUGAACGCCAAACCGCCCGAGGAUCUCGCCUUCACGGGCUCAUGAACCCGUGGCAGGGGUGCAGUGCCACCGGCUCGCUGAUGUCAGCCCUGCCGUUUCGCUACUCGUUCUCCAUGCCGCUAGAGGAUGUGCGUCGAGCCGCGCAAGAUGCAAAACAGCGGCGAGCACUGCGCACCCUGUACGGUAGCUCCGCGGCGGGGGCGGCGGACAAGAGCAUCUCUGACCACGACGACGACGGGGACGGGUCGGACGACCACCACCCCCGGGGCAGCGGCGUUGACACCGCAGCUGAGAACCUGGCUAGUCUCUUCGUCCAUCGUGCACCGCCGCCGCCAGCCAAGCCCAGCUUCUACUAUGAGGUCCAGAUGUCAGUGGAGUACCUUGUAGCUAUGUACGCGGCCGAUUACCUUGGUGCAGCGCCACCCGCCAUCGGCAGUGAAGCGCUCGCACACGGCGCUAGUAGCCCUCUCUCCGAGGACGCCAUGCACCGACUGUGCGAGAAUUGUGUGGUAGUCGGGCUGUGCAACCCUAUCACCGCCGCUCAGGCGAACGGGUGCACGCACAGCCCCUCUCAGCCGUAUGUGGUGACGCAUCUAGGCCACGAAUGGGGCGCUGGGGGCGCGGCACAGGAUAAGGAGAGGGGCGGAAGCGGGAGCGGCGCCUGGUCGGCGGGUGUAUCGGUAUCGGUGAUCGCCCACGAAAAAGUGACGGCGUCACGCCUGCGGUCGACCUGCGCUACUGCACACACCUCGCCAGCAACGGCAGCGGCAGCGGUGGUGGAGCCCGGUGCGGCAUCGAUAGCACCGAGCGACUACGACACCGAUACCGAUGUUCUCUACUUGGGUGUGUGGAAGCAUCAGCGAAACAGUGUCUGUGCCAUCACGGCGAUGCAGACCCCGCUCCACGACGUGGACGGGGAUGCCGCGGAUGUCUGCGCAAACGUCGCCCCAGUUUACCUGCGGCUGGAACUCCCGCGCUGGUCGCAUCCGGCGCCGGAAAAGGCGGCAGGGACGGCAGCAGCGCAAGAUGCCCCACGCCAUCGCGCUCCCGCCGCCAACGGUAAUUCAGUCCACGCCGCCGAAACGAACGCCUCCGCUGCUGCUGCUACUGCUGCGACGACGAGCACGAACAUGUUGAUGGUGCCCCUCAUCACCCGAGCCUGCCGAGAUGACGUGACGAGAGCAGUAGCGAAGGCUCAGCAGCAGCAGCAGCAGCAGCAAGCGGAAGCGGCGCAGACGACCGCGUCGAAUCAGGCCAGCGAGCGCACGAGGAAGAGCCGACGUAGUGCAACUUCUCUCUCUCCCCCUGCAACACCUUUCCCUUCGUUGCCCCGCGUCCGCUGUGAGGUCGCGGCCACUCUGGUGCUGGGGCUGCUGUUCGACCCAUCGGCGUGCACACUGCGCCUGCGGCUCAACAACUACACCGACUUCGAGGAGAUCACGCUGGGCCUGCAGCUCGGCAGCGUAGCCGAAGCCACCGCAGCCACAACAUCAGCUCCACCCCCGCCACCGGCGCUGCAGUCUCGCCUCUACCCUGCCGCGACCCUGUCGCUGAACGACUGUGGCUGGAGAAGCUGGUGUGACCAUCAAACACGCAAGUGGGCGAAGCAGCAGCAGCAGCAGCAGCAGCAGGGGGCUCAGCCGACGGGACUGACGUCAGGCAAAGGGCGAGGUGAGCGCGCGCAGGGCGAAUACAGCGCACUGCCGCCGUUAGCAUCGACGCCGUCUUCGUCGCUAUCUGUAUCCAAUGCAGUGCUGCGCUUCAACUUCGACGCGGCUGAGCUGCUGCUCGGACCCCCACCGCCCCGCCAAGCGGUAAGGGUCACGUCCGCUGACGCGACGGUGCCUGCCAGAAAAGCCGCGCACAUGUCGCAUCAGCAGCGGCGAGUCAGCGAGCCGAUCGGUGCGCCGUCCCGGACACCUCAGCCUAUUGCGCUGCUGGACAGUACUGUCAAAUUCACGGAGAUGCUGUCGCUGCUCACAGACGUGUCGCUUCUCGCUGCGACGAAGCAGAGCGGCGACAAGAAUCAGCGACAGCAGCAACUCCCCAGCCUCGGCCACGGCGACGACGUGGCGGCUGAGGACGAGAAGGACGAGGUCGACGGUGUCGAUGCAACAAAGCUACGAGGCGCGGCGCCGCCGGCACAUCCGUCGCCGUUGCUCAUCGGCUCGCGCGAUCGCCGCACACACGUGGCGAUGAUGCAGGUGCAGCGUCUUCUGAACACUCCUGGAGGCGGUGCAACCGGCACAACAGCCGGCAGCAGCUCCGUCUUCAACAGCAGAGACCCCGCGGACAUCUUUUACCCUCCUGUCCGCAUCUACCGGCACAGUUGCCACUGCCCUCCUCACGAGCUCUAUCCGUUGCCAUCCUCCUCCUCGCCCGACGCAGCCGACAAGGACGACGUUGGGAAGCGCAGCCGGCGCACGCUGCAGUGCCGACGGCGUCUCGGAAACCGGCGAGUCGGACUUAGCAGCGUCGGCGAGGCGCCAUCGCUCUCCUUAGCCAGCGUGUAUUGGCACGACAUCAUUCCCGAAAAUGCUCGCCUCACGCCGCUCUGCGCGGCACUCGCGUCGCGGCAGCGAACCAUGGCGUACGUCAUCGCAACGCACCCGCUCACGUGCUUUUGCAACCUCACCGCCGACGAGGAGAGCGCCUGUGAUGCCUCCGUGCGGCAGCAGCAGCCUCAGCAGCGCCGCGCCGCCCUCUACGCAGCGUGUGCGCUUGGCUACAUGGAGGUGGUGCAAGUUCUUCUGGAGCGCAUCCCCGUGGAGGAGCUUCUCUCGUACUUUGGACUUAUUAUCGAGAGCGAGGCACGCGCGGCGCUGCAGCGCUGUUACACGGUGGCGAGCACCGUUUUCUUGCGCAACUACCAACUCCGCUCACUCGCGACUCAGUCGUCGUCGUCGUCGCCAAGCAGCGCCGAUUGCGUCGACGGCAGCGCCACGGUGCCGGCUGCGCAGGCAAGGAAUAGCGGUGGCACUGCGGCCGCAACCUCGGCACCAGCAGCGCCUUACUUGUCGAACGAAAGCCAGCGAGCCCUUCUCGACGCCUCCGCCAUCUACUCCUCCUCACGGUUCACCUACACCCCGCUGCACGUGGCGCUUCUCGGCGUCAUGCUCGACAACGGAGAUCAAGACGAGGAGGGUGUGGAAGAAGCCAGCUGCGUUGACGUGGACACGGAUGAGGCACGCAUGUGCUCGCUGAACGCGCGCCUCAGCAAGCAAACAGCCUGUGUAACGGUGUUGCUCAACGGCCUCUACGAUCUACUCUGUGUGGCGUCAGCAUCGAACACAACGGCGCGGAAGGCGCAGAACACGGCGGAACUAGCGCAUCCGCCGCACUCGACAAAGUCGCAUGGGCGGGAGGAAGAUGUGCUGGGGAGUGAGGCGCAAGCACGGCGGGCGUCGUCGGCAGGCCAAGAGCUCCUUGUCGACGCGCUCAACCUGCAAAGCCCGACAGGCGAGACUGCUCUACUAGUCGCUGUUCGCCACAACAACGUCGCCGUCGCUCUUCGCCUCCUGAAGCUGGGCGCGCACCCGGCUUGCGUGGAUCGUGUCACGAGGCUGCUCAGCCUCGAGCUUGCCUGUGCGAACCGCUGCUCACCGAUUGCAGAGGCUCUGCUGCAGUCUCACAACGGCGGCGGCGCCGUGUACGCCACGUCGCCCGUCCUUCUGAAUCACGCCGGCAUCGCCACUGCGCUGUGCUGGUGCGCCAUCAACAACAUGCCCGCCAUCAUGCAGCGCCUCCUGGAGUGCGGCGGGAUCGACGUGGACAGCGGAUUUGAAGGGAGCUCCCCGCUGCACCUUGCAAUCGCGUUCGGCAGCGAGGCGGCCGCGCUGACGCUGCUCAACGGCUCCCAACCGAGGAAAACAGCCACUAUCAGCGCGCGCAAGAACCGAGGCGGCCGGGCAGAUGCGCCACCGGCAGUUCCUGUUGUGGCCGCAACCGCUCCACCUGACACCAAAACCGCAUCGUUGGCGGCAAAGCACUUGAUCUUUGGCUCCAGUGAACGCGGUGCCGCGGCACCGUCUGCCUCAACGGCGCGGCCAACGGAGGCCGUCUCCGCGGUGGAGGCGCACAGGAAGCCCUUCAUGGAUGUCAACAUACUUCACGAGCGCACGCACUGCACACCGCUGCAUCUCGCUUGCGAGCGCGGGCAACUACGCAUCAUUCGCUCUCUUCUGCAUUCGUGGCACGCUCAGCUAAACAUCUCGGCCGCCUACACCAACUACACGCCGCUCCUCGCGGCGGUGGCGAACGGCCAGGAAGAGGCGGCGCUUCGCAUCCUCGAGUACAGCAAGGACGAACUCCGCCGCGGCCGUGCAGUGCUCGAUCUGUGCGCAAUCGAUCAGCACAACGACACCGCGCUGCACCUGGCUGCGAGUCGCGGGCUAAAUCUUGCGGUGGAGUACAUGUUGAUUCAGUUCAGCGAGGAGGAGGUGGCGCGGCUGGUAGCCCUGCAUCCUACGUUAGCUGCAUCGCCUGCGUACCUGACAGCGACGUCUAUAGUGCCCCUGCACGCUGUGAACAAGCAGGGCAAGACAGCCUUGCUCGUCGCUGUGCAGCAUGACCAAGCCGAUACGGCCGAGCUGCUGGUGAGCAUGCUUAUCGACAGCGUGGAGACUCGGAAAGUGGGAGACGCCGCGGCGGUGUUUGGAGGUGGUGGUGGUCCCAAGUCGCCUACCGCGGUAACAGAUGCUGAAGAGUCGUUAUGCAGUGCACUGGAAGCCGCCGCUGCAUCGGCGCCCUCGCAGGUUGGUGGCCCCCUUAUCGAAGGCACCUGCAUGGCCCUGCAUCAGGCGCACAGGAAGCAUCUUGACUCUGUGGUGCAGAUGAUGUUGUCCGCCCCUCCCAGCCUGUUUCCAUGCACCGCUGCAUUUCGCAACUCGGUGCAGCUGUACAAGGAGCAGCAGGCGGACGGACGACGCUCGAUGGCGCUGCUGAGGAGCGAGUCGUGCGACGGCGACGUCUGUCCAACCUUUCUUGCGGAUGCAAGCACUGGCCCGGUGCCAGCGAGUGAGCGAAACGAAAACGCGUCGCAGCGCAGCCCCGCUAUGGUGCAGGAUCGAGGCUCCUUUGUGCGCAUUCUCCUCACGCGCGCCGCCGGCCCCUCCAUCUCGCCGAACGACGCCCUGCGUAUCCUGCUGCGCGGCUUCGCGCUCCCUGAGUUGUGCGUGUACCUCAGCGAAGUGGCGGCGGAGAGUGCCGCGGUGGGGUUGCAGCGAGGUACGGCAAUGGCGCACGCGGAGCUCUUGAUUGGCUACCUGCAAGAGCACGCUGGCUCGGUGGUGGCGCCUACGCGGGCAGUUUUGUUCUGCCGCGACGUAUGGCUGUGUCUGCAGCAAUGGAUGGUCAGUGAAGCGUCUGCCGACCGCGAGCGCGUCGCGGUAUCGCGCGCUCAUCAUGCUUUGAGUAGUAGGACCAUCGACUUCACCCACUCGCAGCUGCCGGUGGGCAUAGAGAAGGGAAGCGAGCACAGGCAGAAACAGCAGCAGCAGAGCGAGCCCGAGGAGACGCCGAUGGGCUGGCUUUGCCGCAUGCUGCUCGUCCCCAAGUCUGACGUUGGCAGCCGCGCACAUGGGAAGACGGUGCAACCGCAGUCAUCAUUGCCGGCAAGUGCGCCGAGCUCCUCUGCGCUCUCCGCUGACGCGUCUAGCGCGGCGCAAGAGGCGGAGCACUACCACCACGCCUUGGAGGCGACGCUGAACCGCAAAACGCUAAGUCUUGAGGUGGCGCGCAUGAUUCGCCUUUACGGCCGCUCUCACGGCGGCGCAAGGGCCAUCGAAGAGAUCAAGAGCAUCGUGGCAGCCUACGUGAGGGUACACAGCAACGCACUUGCCGUGCACGUGAGGCUCACAACGGCGGCCGUCACAGCGGCUGCAGCGGCGACGUCGACCACGCUGAGCAGCAGCAGCAGCAGCAAGCACUCCUCCUUUUCAGUGCGCACUCGCUCGAGGGUGCAGAGCGUGUUAGAUGUGGUUGAGCAGCAUGCCAUAUGGAAUCGUGACAGCACUGUGGACUUGGACGCAACGGACAGCGAAACCCCCGAUCGAAGCUCCAUCGACGUGAUCGGCAACGAGCCGCUUUUCACGACGCCGAUGGGCUUCACAGUGUUGCAGCUGGCGGCCACGCUCAGCCUCCCGGAAGUUGUCACGUUCCUCGUGGAUACCUACAAGCUGAACCCCUUGUACGCACCGGCGCAAGGCAUGUAUACGUGCGUCGCUCAGUCAACGGCGCCGCCGCCGGUCCACCGCCCCAAGGAGGGAACGGCGAAAGAAGAGGCUGCGCGGGUGCGUAACGUCCUCGUGCGUACCGUGCGCGCCGUGGUCGGGGUAGCUUCUCCGUGCGCAGGCCGCGGUGACUACGGCGGCGGCAACGGCAGCAUCGGCAAGAGCAGGGAGGAUGACGGCCUGUGGAUCUGUUGGACUCCGUACCGCCUCGCCGUGCGCUCCGGCAACCUGCACACUGUCAAGACUCUCCUUCUGACGGGCAGCGGCGCGACACCUGCGGUUGCCGAGGUGAACCCCCGGGAGCUAUGUGACACCAGCACCUCGCCCCGUCUUUCGUACUCAGACAGGCACGUCGAAGACAGCGUUGCUGUCGGCGGCGCAGGUGCGACUGUCGCGACGGCGACCAGCUCUGCUGCUUCUCUUGUCGACUACAAGGAGCCCGCGUGGCUUGACCCAUAUCAGCGGACAGCGCUUCAGGAGACCAUUGUGGUAGCGACAACGGGUGGCAGCGGCGCCUCGGGCAGCGACUCGCUUGUAGACUCUCUCACCUUCACCGCCCCCGCCGGCUCAUCUUCCUCCAGCGCAGCGACAAGGACCGCCCCUUCGCUGUCAGAGAUGUUGGCACUGGUGCACCUGCUGCUGAGGCACGGUGCUCAGCCGAACGGGCUCUUCGACGCCACCGGCAGUGAUGCCUGGCUGCUCGCCAUGGCCGGCAGCGGCGCCGCUGGUCUGCCCAUCACGCACUACAGCUACGCAGCCAACUGCAAGCGCAGGCCGUACAGCGCUGGCUCGGAAGUGUCCUUCUCCCUGCUCUCCUUAACUGGGGUGUCUGCGUCAGCGACGACGUCGCUGGCGCUAACCCAGACGACUGCUGGCGAGGCGGCUGGGCAACGGUGCGUCGACUUGCUCCUUCGCUUCCGCGCUCCAUUGCUUGGGUGUGCGCCGGCAACGCUGCGCUGUGUUGACACUCACCUUGAUGGCAGGCACCUCGUCAGACAGCAGGAAAGCGCUGAGAGCGAGUGCUUCAACGAGCAGCUUCUGCGCUACCCACGCCGCCUCCUGCACCAGUGGCGGCGUCUGCCCUGCAUGCGCCUCGCGCCUAACAGAGCAGCUGCAGCAGGAUUUGCUCGAAGAGGCCGGCGGGCCGCAGGCACCGCUGGAAACACCCACGACGGCAGCGGCAGCGAUGAAGACAACGACGCUGCGGGCAAGGAUGGCGACGGCGCCGUCGCUCACGGCUACUCCGUCUUUGAGCAAGCGGACGCCCUGUGUGCACAGUACGAAAAGGUGCAGCAGACCCUGUACCCGAGUUCCGCGAUGGCCAUUCCACGCGGCAGUGGCGGAGUGGGGCCGUGUACCCCCUCACCGCAGGCAACGGCGCUCGCCACAAAGGUCUCCUUCGCAUCCCUCUUGACCAUCACCUCGGCGGAGGUAACCCGCUUGCCACGGGCCGUGGAUCUAGGAAGCGCGGUGACGCUAAACCGCGGGGUGUUGGCAGGCGGAUGUGUGUCAGAAACAGACAGCGUCGCGGGAAGAGAGACCGAGGCGUCGCCGCUCACGCCAUCCUUCUCGCCCGAGCUACUUAAGACGCGACUCAUCACGGCGCUGCGACUUUGCUACCGCGUCGUCCUUCUCUACACCUGCGUGGAGUACACACCGCUACAGCUUCCCCGACUCGUGCGCGCUUUUGGCGCGGCGGCGAUCCCGGUAAGUGCGCGGCACCCACUAAGCGGCGACAGCAUCGCUACUCGACUGCUGCGCAAGAUGCACGCUCACCUGCUCGCCGGGACAAAUGGAAGCGGCGGCGGUGGCGACGGCAGCACCAGCAGCACUCCACGCGAGGAGCCCGAGAGCGAUGCUACGUCGAUUAUAAUGCGCGACGCUGACGACAUGUCGGAGCUGCCGAUGAGUGUGCUGAAGGAGCCUCCGUGCACCGGCGACCCGACCGCCAAUGCAGAGACGCGCGCCUUGGUGGACACGUGUGUGGCGCUGGUGCACAUGCUCCGCGACGCUGCCCUACGUCUGCCCUCACCUCCGUCCGCGCCACAGUCGCAGGCGGCCGCCGUGGCGGCCGGGCAUGCACUGCGCUCGGUACUCUUCCAGCCUUCGUGUGACGGGGAGACCGCGCUCUCCUUGGCCGCGCGCAUCGCCCACGCCCCGCUCAUCUCCGUCCUGGUGCAGAGCGGGGCAGCCGUGACCUCAGCCUCUCACAGUCGCCGCCGAGGCGGGGAUGAGUCGUGGCGCUGCUCGCACACAACGUGCAGUGUGCCUCGGCGAGGCGACGGCAGCGACACCGAGGCGGGUGGUGAGGACGGUGCUGGCGUGUACGACGUCUCCGGGAUUCCGGUCACCUCCCAAUGCUCCCUGAAGACGAGUCUGGCCGACGUCGUGGUACGCGUGCUGCUCGCCACCCGUGUCUACUACCCUGCGCAUGAGAUCGGCACCGUGCGUGCCUUGCUCACGCAUAUGCCGAACGAGACCGCGCGGCGAGCCUUCCUGCGGGGUGUGUACCCGAACAUCCACCCCCUGCCAGCGCUGCAGCUCGCGAUGGACAACGUGAACAUCGCAUCAGACUUUCUAACGGGCCCUAAAUGCAUGAACGCGCUCUGGACGAAUCUGAUGUACGCGCACUUCACGGGUCAACUGGACACCGCCGUGCGGACGACGGCAAAGGCGUGGAGUGAGCUGCUGCACGUCGUGCUUCCGGGGGCGCCGGCAGUCCCAAUUUACCUCGUCAUGUGCGCCGCCGUCCGCGAGGAGGUGAGUGCCGGGGAGUUGGAGGCGUCGCGCAGUGGUGUGCGUGCACAGAACCCGCAGCCGACCCUAUCCCCGCCGAGGCCUCUUGCCAGCUCGUCGAGAUCGUCGAGCACGGUGAAGAAACGGUCAAAGGAACGCACUGUGCCAUUGGCGAUGUCGAACUGGUCUCACAUUGUGCGCCGCACGAACCUCUUCCUGCAGCUCAUGGCCAUGUCCGCAGCUGAAACGCUCAUGAGCAAGAGCAGCAAGCCAUCGUCGCACAUGUUGGCAGAUGCGAAAACGCUCUCCUCUACCGCCGCGACAGCCUCCGGGAGUGGGCAGCGCAUCAAGACCACGUCGUCGCUGCUGCACGAGGUGCCAAAGAAAGAUAGUUUCGCUGCGCUGACGGACGUUGGCGAGCCUCCAUCGCAUGGGCUGUCCGGCACGUUGUUGUGGGACACCAUCGAGCUCGCCGUGCGCUACGACGACAAGGACAUGUUGCGGCACCUAUUGCAGCUUCGCCUGCCAGACAUCGUGCUCAAGCACAUCAGCAACAUCCAAAGCCAGCAACAGGCGCUGUCGUCGACCGGCACCUUUGGAGGAACGUACUCGUCUAUGGGCGUGAGCGCGCGUGCAAUGGAGGCGGUUUCGACGACAAUUCUCGGCAGCUACCCGUCCUUUGCCGGCGUGAGCACCACGUCGCAAGCGGCGCUCGUGCUCGAGCGGCUGCAGCGCCUCCUCUGGUGUGAGGCACUGCAAGAGUGUCAUGUUGACCUGCUCGCUGUCGCUGCGGGAAGCGUCGCAACGCUGCGGUUCCUGUACACAUCUUCACCCCCUGAGGUGCGCGCGCAGAUGGCCCCCAUGCGCUACGACCGCGUAGACGUGAAGAGCGGGAUGCCAGAGGGCGUGUCGCCUGCGCCAGACAUCGCGGCCCCCGCCGCGGCAGCGCCCGCCGGAGCCGAGGAACUCAUGGGGUCCGUUCAGAGGUCAAGGAAGUCAAGCUCUGCACGGGUCGCCAGCGGCGUGAUGUCACCGUCGGCGCAGGCCUUUGUCUACUCGUCAGAGGUGGAGACGAAUGUGAAAGCCGUGGACCACCAGCUUACGAAGACUCCCUUCUCAGCUAGCGCCGCGUCCACCACGCCUUCGGCGGAUGGCGUGACUUGGUUGGCGGCACCGACACCGGAAACGCCGACCUCGCGUGCCUCGUCCGCGGCGAAGCGGACAUCAGCUGCGCUGGGUGUGGACACUGUAGAGACGCCGGAUGAGCGAAGCCUCACACUGCCACUCACAAACGCGCCGCUGCUACAGCCCAAGGCGGGCGAGGAUAAGGAGGAGGAGGAGAGUGCCGCUGCCGUGGCGGAUGCGGAGCUGCGCUUCAUGGAAAGCUGCGUGCAGAACGGACGCCGUCGUCUCGCCGCGGGCGAAGAACAACGCCGGUGCGUAACAGCGGUGACAUGGGGCCUCGGCGCGGCUGCCUGCGCAGUGAAGCUGCCGAUGGCCCAAUCCAGCGCGAGGGCCGUGUCGUCCUCCAGCGCGGACGCCGCCGAGGCGACCACCGCGCCCGGCACAAGCGUAGAGGUGCAGCCGCGCUACACACCGGCACUACCACAGCCGCCGCGGCCGCCCGCUCAACGUCGCAUCACCCUAGAUGGCAAAGUUGGUGAUGUCGUCUCCGCUAAAGGCAGCCACAAGCCAAUCGCCGAUGCGGAGAGGACUGCAGCGCGACGGGUCGUGCAGCGCCAAGGGCGGACGAAGACUUCACUGCCCACCAAGGCAUCGGCGGCGGCCAAGGAGGCUAGCGGGCCGGCACCGUCCAGUCCAACGUCGCCGGCGGUGAUGGAGCCAGAGCCGGUCUACUUCAUGUACCUCCAGCUUGAUUGGGCUCUACAUUCGACUCGUCUCCUUCGCUCGCCUCGCCCCUCCAGCGCCACGCUCGAGACAAUCAUGUUCCUGCUGGAUCAGCGAGUGGCUCUCUCGGUGCCCGUGCUUGACCUCUUCCUAGCUGGCACCGUCGCCCCUAGCAACGCCGAUGCGCGGCAGGAGCUCGCCCUCGGCCUUCGCUACCAGACCCGGACACAUCGUGACACGCUGCUCCACCUGCUUGUCUUUCACGACCAGUGCCAGCUGGCGGAGUACUACCUCGAGUACUGCCAUUUCUGGUUCGUGUCCAAUGAACUCGAUCCAGAGCCAGUGAGCGGGCGGCCGGGUCGCUUCCCAAUCGACCAGCCUCCCGCGUCGCCCGACGGCGAUUUUAGUGAGGAUGACCUCCACGACGAUGACGACCACCGGCGUAGCGGUGUCGGGUAUAUGGGUCACGACAAGCAGAAGCGAAGCACGCAUUUAGCCCCGCAGUUGCGGCAUCGCUCUCGCGACCACUCUUCCUCGGGGUACGCCGAGACCGUGCCGCGCGAGUUCCUGCGGUGUAUGCUACGAGUGAACGCGCACGGGCUGACCGCCUUCGACUACGCCUAUACGCCGGCAAUGCUGCAGCUUCUCGAGUGGUACGGCUGCGUGCCGCCCACGUACCGGCCGAACCCGCACGCCUUCCGACGAGUUGUCUUUCUCGACCGCGGAGGGCAUGGUGACAUGAGGGAGGCAUAUACUUUGGCGGGCAACAUGGGUGAUUGUGACAGCAGCGAAGCGGCCGAUCGGCGGUGGUCUGCGAGUACUAGGACGUCGAUGGCGCGUCACCAGCGCGAGGUGCUGCGUUUCUUCCCUGUGCCACGCCUGGUCCUGGCGACCGACAACUUUGUGGCGCUGCUGGACCCCACCGGCACGGAGCUGGCGUCCACAGUCGGCUCCGUGGCGACCGCCCAAGCGCGCGCCGCUGCCGCGGGCACCGCAGAUGGAAAGAGUCGCAGUAAUGGCAAUGACGUGGACGAGGGUCUCGCCAAGGAUGAGCUUCUGGUGUCGACCCGCACGCAACCGCUGCAGCUGACCGAUCGCCGCAUUGACGCCAUCAUUGGCGCGGAGCGGCGGCAGCUGCAGGCGAGCUGGCGGCGCCACCACCAGCAGGAGCGCGCCAAGGCGCUUCUGUUUGAGCAGGUCGCUGCGCAGUCCCAAGCACUUGUCGUGCGCAGAGGUGGAAAAAGCGGUGGAGCAGACGAAUCGGUGAGAGAGAACGCGCUGCCGUACCUGACACGCACCGUGACGGCUCACCGGCGCCAGCAGUGGGAGUUGCAACGGCACCCGCCUUGCAGCAAGAUGACGCUGUGGCACAACGCCCUUGAAGCACAGCGACUCUCUGUGUCCGCCUUCACCGCGGCAUCGUCUCGCGGACAACUGAAGCGGCGAGCCAAGGCCGACGCUCGCGGCAGCGACAUUUUUGGCGCUGGCAUUCUUCCGAUCUUGCUCAGCGAGGAGGUGAGCUUACUGCACCUCGGUCUGUGCUCCUUCGAAGAUGAGCUUGUUCGCCUCUAUGGCGAGCUCCACACGGCGUCUGCAUCUACAUCCGCAGCUGGCAACGAGGACACCAGUGGCGCUGCACGCGCGCACCACAAAGGCAGCGAGGAAGUUGGGGCCAUGGGUGACGGCGACCACGCUGCCUCUGUCCUGAGCGCCUACAGCCGUCUGCUGCUGCCGCCGUCGGUCACCGACAAGCCCGAGACACACCCGCAGCAAGACCACGAGGCAGUAAAGCAGAGCUCCGGCGUCAUGUUCGGAGACACCCCACUGGAGAUGGGCAAUCCAAAUAGCACACCCAGGACGAAGGCGAGCCGCACUGGCCACACUGUGCUGCCUCAUGUCUCGUUCCCAGGUGGGUCGAUCGGCGGCGCGUUGUCGCCAGCGCAGCAGGGCACCCAGCUCUCUUCCGUCUCCACCACGAAGGCGCUCGUGGCGGCUUCGCAGAACUUUGGAUCGUGCGGUGGGGUACCGGCACCACCGCCUCGGCUGUCGCAGAUGGAUGUGGUGUUCCUCCUCGAGUGUCAGCAAUUUGUCGUGUACCCGCUCUCGAUGCCCAGCAGCGCCGACGCCGUGGGGGUGAUCCACGACGGCGGUGACGACAGCUACGACGAGAGCAGCAAGCCACGCAGCAGCGUGAGAGGCACCGGUGGGCUCAGCGUCAGCGUUGGCAACACCAGUCGCGCCCCCAGCGAUGACGAAGGGAAUGCCGCGUCUCCUCGCCUAACUCUUGGGAAAGGGGGGGUCGGUGUCAGCGAGUUGCCUGCCGUGAUCCAGCGCUGCACCGGCGGUAGCAUCGGCACGGACGAGCGACAUGUAAACGGAAAUGGCAGUGGCGCGCCGCGUCAGCGCGCGCUGGCCCCCGCAACAACAACGCGUGACACCACUGGUCGCUCUUUUGCUUCUCCACACAGAUCAUCCGUGCGUCGCGAGCAUGAGCACAAGAUGCGUAAUGCGCCACCGAGCGACUUGCCGCUGCUACGCUCUCUUCUGGCGCGCAAGGCCGCGGAUGAUCUGUCAUCGGAGCUGAUCGACGUCGCAGUGCACCGCUACGAAGCGGCGCUGCUGGUGUCCCUCACUCCAAUGCUACUCUCCGGCAUCAGCGGCGACGGCGCUGCUGGGGCUCGCGUGUCGGCGGCCGCGACAAUGAAAAACUUGGCGGUUAAGCUCAUGGACACGCGCUGGAAACAGUUCGGCAGCCGGCCCAUCAUCUCAGGCACCAACACUGAUGCCACGACUACUGCCACAGAAGCGGUGGCGCUACUGAACGUGCCCCCGUUCGCUCUAGCUGACGCUCCGGCGCUGUACCCGCACCGGGCAUCGUUGUCCACCGCACCAGCGGCAGAUGAGCACGGGUCAGUGACGCCGACAACAGCACUAGGCUCUGCCGCAGCACGUGUGCCAACCGUCAUAGCAGCGCGACUAGAAGAGUGGGUCGCGCGUCGCUGGCCGCUGCAAGGACAAGCAUCGCCCUCCCUGAAGCUGCACAGGGCUGGCGGUCGAGCAGACGUGACAUCCUCGCGAUCGCCUCCCACGACGACGGUUAAAGCCUUCAGGCAGGAGAACAAGGACGAGAACACACAGGACAGAGACGGCGUUGAUGAGGACGGCUACGACGACGAGUCGGCAGCGCUGCCGGUGCUCGAUCAGAUAGAGCCCGUUGGCGGAGUUGCCACGGCGGCCCAGCAAGUCCUCAUGCGUGCGCUGCUGAAGCGCUUUACUGCCGCCACAGGUGCGCAGCUCUCUGAGCAGAUGGGGCUCGUCAUCACCCCCAACUACGAUGUCGUGGAGGUCGGCGACACAGCGGCGGCUCUGCGAGACAUCGAAGCGAAGUUCGUCGCACCAGCGGCGGCGCGACAGAAGCGGCGAUAA